AUGACAUGUACAAAGACGAGUGUGAUGAGGCUCCAAGCCAAAGAUGAACAGGAGUCUAGAGCCAAGCAGCAGCUCUCUGACACAUUCAGCAGCAGACAGGUUUUUGUAUCAGUAUUUUUAACUGUGGGAGGAUACGGGUACUACAGGAUCUUUGGCUCUGGAACUAAACUGUAUGUAACAGAUGAGCCGGUAGUGAAGCCCGUGGUGAGCGUGUACCCAGCAGCAUCCAGAGCCCACCUGGAGGGGAAGAGCUCCCUGCUGUGUCUGGCCUCAGCCAUGUCUCCUCCUCUGGUCCAGUUCUCCUGGAAGAGACAGAAGGAGGAUGGUUCUCUGGAGGAGCUGACCCGUGAUGAUGGAGAGCAGCUGGUGCUCACAGAGCCGGGACGCACCGCCGCCAUCUUGCUGAUCCACCAGCCAGAGAACAGCACGUAUAAAUACCGCUGCUACGUCAAGCACGAGGGCGGCACAGUGGAGGCCCAGACACAACAAGGUGAUGAAGGCUCGCUGACUGUUGAGCAGUGA